ACUGGCCCAAUAUCCGACUGAUUUGUUGUUGUUUUUCUUAAGACUUUUUCUCCGUCUCGACCAAUCCGAAUAAUAAAUAUUUACGGCGUAUGGAGUUCAAGUAAACCGGGACAAGGAUCAAAAUUGUGUCCCGACGACAUUGUCCAGACCUCGAGCCGAAGCCGUCAAAGCAAAGAGCCAAAAAUACACACAAAACACCGCCCCCACAACUACAUGCACAUCCGUGCCUAGAGAGGUCUGCGAUCGGAGGAGCAUGUUUCCGCAUCUAAAGGGUCAGGGGCAGCGGGUCAACCUGCAGCUUCUGCAGGAGGCCAAUUGCCGCGAGCUGGUCCAGCAGCUGGAGCGCAUCGAGGGAUCCAAGGUGAUCGUCUUAGACGAGGCCAUGAUCGGGCCGUUGAACUUGGUGACCAGACCGAAGCUCUUCGCCGACCGCGGCAUUCGGCUUCUCGCCCUCAAACCAGAGUUGCAUCUGCCGCGCGAAGUGGUCAACGUAGUGUACGUGGUGCGUCCCAGAGUUGCGCUAAUGGACCAGCUUGCAGGCCAUGUGAAGGCCGGCGGACAGGCGGCAGCUGCGGCCGGCCGCCAGUAUCACAUCCUUUUCACACCCCGACGCUCCUGCCUGUGCAUCAGCCAACUGGAGAACAGCGGUGUCCUCGGCAGCUUUGGACGCAUCGCAGAACUGGCUUGGAACUACCUUCCGCUUGAUGCGGACGUCGUCACAAUGGAACUGCCCAACGCAUUCCGAGACGUUAGCGUCGAUGGAGACACCAGUUCGCUGUACCAGGCGGCUGUGGGCCUGGUGCAGCUCCAGCGGCUGUACGGUCGAAUUCCCAAAAUCUACGGCAAGGGCGAGCAGGCGCAUCGCGUGUGGGAGCACGCCAAGCAGCUGGGACGCGACGAGCGAACGCUGUACAACGGCGACAAGGGUAUUGUCGACCAGCUGAUCUUGCUGGACCGGAGCAUCGACCUGCUCAGCCCGCUGGCCACGCAGCUCACCUACGAGGGACUCAUCGACGAAUUCCACGGCAUCCGGCAGAACAAACUGAUGCUGCCCUCGGAGCACUUCCCAUCCGACGGCGGACUCUCUGGCGGGGCAGGAGGUAAUAUUGGCAAUGGAUCACGGGUCGACGAGUCACAGUCGCUGCUGGGCGACGGCGAGAAGAAGACUAUUAUGCUGCAUUCCGGGGAGACGCUUUAUGCGGAACUGCGAAACAAGCACUUCAACGAGGUGACCAAGCUGCUUGCGCGAAAGGCGCGUGAGAUUCACGCCCAGAUGCACGCCACUUCGCAGGACAAGAGCGUGAAGGAGAUCAAGAGCUUCGUUGAGAACCUGUUGCCGCAGCUGAUGGCCCAGAAGAAGGCGACAUCGGAGCACACAGCAAUUGCUGGUCUGCUGCACGAGCAGGUCAACGCAGUAGCCUUCGCCGAUGAUCUGGCCGCCGAACAGGAGUUCAUGGUCUGCGCGGACAUUGACAAGCCGAGCGCCUAUAUCGAGGAUCAGAUCGCCAGUAAGGCGGAACUGCGCCGCGUGCUGCGACUCAUCUGCUUGCAAUGCGCCGCCUCCUCCGGGCUUAAGGAGAAGCUGCUCAAUCACUAUAAGCGCGAGCUGGUGCAGGUCUACGGCCUCGAAGUGCUGCUUACCAUGAGCAAUUUGGAGAAGGCUGGCCUUCUGCACCAGCAAACGGAGUCUCGGGCAUAUGCGGUGCUGCGGAAGACCCUUCACCUCACCGUGGACGAUAAUGUCGAAGUGGAGCCGAAGGACAUUAGCUACGUGCACAGCUUCUACGCCCCGCUGACCGCACGCCUCGUGGAGCAUUCGCUGAAACCCCUGGGCUGGCAGUCGCUUAAGAGCCAGAUCAACAACCUGCCCGGCCCGACGUUCGAGGACUUCCAGGCGCAGCUGGUAGGGAUCGGUGGAAGACAUCCGGGCGCCACGGUCGCCGAGAAAUCGCUGCUACACGUGCCGCGUGUGGUUUUGGUCUGCUUUGUGGGCGGCUGCACCUUUGCUGAGGUCGCCGCGCUGCGAUUCCUUGCCGCCCAGGAGGACAACAACGUAGAGUUCCUGAUUGCCACUACGAAGAUCAUUAACAAGCACUCCUUUCUGGACAGCCUGAUGGGGUCGUGAGGUCGGCGUCUGAGCCGCUUGGAGGCUCAUCGCUUGUCCAGCGACCAUGGCCUAGUGCGUGGAUGAAACGCGUCGGGACCGCUGAAGCCGAGAGCAAAGAGAAGGGGCAAGCGACGCAAUACGGCGGUCAGGAUUGUAAUGGAUCAGCAUCUCAUGCAUGACCUAGGGUAGGCUCAGUUUGUGGCACUGCAUCAUACUAAACACAAACGUAUAUAUACAUAUAUAUAUUUUUCGAUCCCGGUAUUAAACCUCGUACUCUACACAUAUAUUAUCGCAUAUACCUUAUAUGAAUACAUGUAUAUUUCUAUAUGAAUAUUUAUUUUUAUGUGUAUGUGUGCGUACCGAAGGAUAUAGUAGUCGUAAGUGAAACUGAUUCCAAAUUAAAGAACGGCAGAUUAAGGUAUUUAGGCAAUUUGUUAUCGUAAAAUAUAUAUCCUAACCAGAGUUACAAAGUUA